AAAAAAAGUAAAAAUUAUACAGUAUUUUUAAAAUUAUUGAAGAUAAUUUAGUUAAAAAUCUCUAUGUAAAAGGAAGAUUCACUUUAGAAAGUGAAUUAUUAUACAUUACAUAGCGAGUGCAGCAAAAUGUUUACGUUAAGUGCUCAAUCUCGGUCUUGGAUGUUUAAAAGUAGCUCAGAACUUAACAGAAGGAGAGAAAGCGCCAACAAUAAGUUUAUUCAGAGGCAUUCCAAAGGAAUGAGCAAAGAAAACACAUCAAAGUAUUUUUUGACUGUGGCUGAAGAAAAAAUGUUAUGCAAACAUUAUGAAUCUAUACUAAUGAAAUUCUGCCAAAAAUUUCAGCCACCAAUGCCAAAAAACGUUAUAGCAUGUUCAUUUCAUUAUUUCAAACGAUUUUACCUAAAUAAUUCAGUCAUGGAUUACCAUCCUAAAGAUAUACUAGUCACUUGUGCCUAUUUAGCAUCUAAAGUGGAAGAAUUUAACGUGAGCAUUUAUCAGUUUGUUGCUAAUGUUAAAGGUGAUCGAGAAAAAGCUACAGAAAUUAUCCUUAACCAUGAACUUCUUCUAAUGCAGCAACUUAACUUUGAUUUAUCUGUUUAUAAUGCGCUGAGACCUGUUGAAGGUUUUCUUAUUGACAUCAAGACUAGAUAUCCUACUCUCAAUGAUCCAGAACAUCUACGUCCUGCUAUUGAAGAAUUUUUGGAAAAAAUUCACUUUACAGAUGCAUGUUUCUUAUAUUCUCCUUCCCAGAUUGCCUUAGCUGCCAUUGCAUAUGGAGCUCAUAAAUUUCGAGAAAACAUUGAUGGGUACAUGGAAGAUAUUCUGUUUGAUGGGUAUCCAGAUAAAUUAUCUUAUGUUUUAGAAGCCAUCAAAACCAUGUUUCUAAUGAUUAAAAAUGAAACUCACCGCAUUAAAGAUCAGCAUAGAGCAGCAAUAGAAAAGAAACUAGAGAAGUGCCGUAACCAAGAAAAUAAUCCAAGCAAUAUUGCCUAUAAAAGAAAAUUAGAAGAGUUGCAAGAUGAAGAAGAUGAUGGCCCAGCUAUGAAAUACUCAAAAAUUUUGGAGAAUCAAGAGGCUGAUAAAAUGGAAGCUGAGCAGAGUCAUGGCAUUACAUUUUUUAAUUCAUCUCAAUAGUAUAUGCAAAUCUUCUUAAAUUAUAUAUUUUUUUUUAUUUGUAAAUAAAUUAAAUUUCUUUUAUUUA